CAAAUUUAACUUCAAUAGCUUUCGAACAUCUAAUUUAUUAUUAGGAAAUCUCACUUCUGAAAUAAAAAGCACGGGCGUCUUCGUUUACAUUUUUGCAUCGCAUGAUCAUUAUUUUAUUGCCUAAUUGUACAUAUAGGCAUUGCAGUAGUACUACACAAUCUUUUUCCUGCCACAACAAUUUUUUCCUCUCAAAGCAAGGGUUUUGAGAGUUCACUGGUUCGAAUCCCGCAAGGAUGUGGCGAAGGGUUGCGCAGAAAUUUUCUUCUUCUUACCCAGUUUCAAGCAAACGAUUGUAUCAAAAUGGAUUGAUUUUUUCUAGAUCGGUUUCUUCAGAGACCUCGUCGGUAGGAGGGCGUUCUUCUUACACCAUCGUUGAUCAUACGUACGAUGCAGUGGUUGUCGGAGCAGGAGGGGCUGGUUUAAGAGCUGCUAUAGGGCUUUCCGAGCAUGGAUUUAACACGGCUUGUAUUACCAAACUUUUCCCCACUCGAUCGCACACCGUUGCAGCGCAGGGUGGAAUUAAUGCAGCUUUGGGAAAUAUGACUGAAGAUGAUUGGAGGUGGCAUAUGUAUGAUACGGUUAAGGGCAGUGAUUGGCUUGGCGAUCAAGAUGCUAUUCAAUAUAUGUGCAGGGAGGCUCCAAAGGCUGUCAUUGAGCUGGAAAAUUAUGGACUACCAUUUUCAAGAACUGAAGAUGGAAAGAUCUACCAGCGUGCAUUUGGUGGUCAAAGUCUAGAUUUUGGAAAAGGUGGACAAGCAUAUCGCUGUGCUUGUGCUGCGGACCGAACUGGCCAUGCUCUACUGCACACACUUUAUGGGCAGGCAAUGAAGCAUAACACUCAGUUCUUUGUGGAAUACUUUGCACUGGAUCUUAUCAUGGAUGAUGAUGGUUCCUGUCGAGGGGUGCUUGCUUUAAACAUGGAAGAUGGCACAAUACAUCGUUUUCGUGCCCAUUCCACAAUUUUAGCCACAGGCGGUUAUGGCCGAACUUAUUUCUCUGCAACGUCAGCUCAUACUUGUACUGGAGAUGGAAACGGUAUGGUUGCACGUGCUGGGCUGCCUUUACAGGAUCUUGAAUUUGUCCAGUUCCAUCCUACGGGCAUAUAUGGUGCAGGUUGUCUUAUCACCGAAGGGUCACGUGGUGAAGGAGGGAUUUUACGUAAUAGUGAAGGUGAGAGGUUUAUGGAGAGAUAUGCUCCAACUGCCAAGGAUCUGGCUUCUAGAGAUGUUGUGUCCAGGUCCAUGACGAUGGAAAUUCGUGAAGGCCGUGGUGUUGGACCCUUGAAAGACCACAUAUAUCUCCAUUUAAAUCACCUACCUCCAGAGGUCUUGAAAGAGAGGCUUCCUGGCAUCUCAGAAACUGCAGCAAUCUUUGCAGGGGUUGAUGUUACAAAGGAGCCAAUACCUGUCUUGCCAACUGUGCACUAUAAUAUGGGUGGCAUUCCAACAAAUCACCUUGGUGAGGUAUCGCAUAUCAAAGGAGAUAACCCAGAUUCUGUGGUACCUGGACUAAUGGCUGCUGGAGAGGCAGCAUGUGCAUCAGUCCAUGGUGCUAAUCGACUUGGUGCAAACUCCCUUCUCGACAUUGUUGUCUUUGGUCGAGCUUGUGCCAACACAGUUGCUGAUCUAUAUAAACCAGGUCAAAGUCAGAAACCUUUGCCAAAAAAUGCUGGAGAAAAGACAAUUUCUUGGCUGGAUAAAUUAAGGAAUUCAAAUGGUAGCUUACCUACUUCCAAGAUUCGCUUGAACAUGCAGAGAGUGAUGCAGAACAAUGCAGCAGUUUUCCGCACUCAGGAUACUUUGGAGGAAGGGUGCAAGUUAAUUAACGAAACAUGGAAGAGCUUUGAAGAUGUCAAGAUAAAAGACAGGAGUCUGAUAUGGAAUUCAGAUUUGAUAGAAACAAUUGAACUAGAAAACCUUCUAAUCAAUGCCUGCAUCACCAUGCACUCAGCAGAGGCUAGAAAGGAAAGCAGAGGAGCACAUGCUCGUGAAGACUUUACAAAAAGAGAAGACGGGGAAUGGAUGAAACACACACUUGGGUAUUGGGAAAAUGGGAAGGUUCGUUUGGCCUAUAGGCCUGUCCAUCUGAACACUUUGGAUGAUGAGGUGGAAACAUUUCCUCCAAAAGCUCGAGUAUACUGACCACUCAGAUUACUGGCACCAAGGAGUUCCAAAAUCCUUAUUUGCAGAUUUUGUAACACAUUUAAAACUGCUAUUGUUUAAUGAAUAAAUGUAAGUACAUUAUUUAAAUUAUUUGCGUUCACCUUGCAACGAGGCUUUUCGGUAUUUUUCAUAGGUUGCAAGUGAUACAGAAGAAUGAAAAUGGGCUGCAGCUAUGAUUCGCCAAGUGUACAUGGGAAUCAAUGUAUUGAUAUCAUUCAAAAUUGAUAUUUUGUUAAUAGAGCUGCAUGGUUACUGAGAAAUUUAGAACAGAGAUUUCAGUAUCAACUUUGCAAAGUCGAAACUUUAAUAUUAUACUGUUCAAUAAUUGAAUUUUAUGCAUGCACCAAAGAACAGAACAAAUGUCAUCUCAAGCACAGUUAAUAAAAUUACAUUUAGUAUCA